UAAAGAUAGAUCCUAUAAGGGAUGGCAAAGUGAUCAAAGAUAAACCUGACGUAAAUAAGACAGCAGGCGAACGGGUGAAGAAACGACCUCUUGAUGAAUUAUAUAAGAAACCAUUCCGCUUCAUUCAAAGAAGUGAUGGUAGCAUUGCUGAGGCACAAUUUCAGAAGUCUGAUUUGGAGAACACGGAGGUUGUUAAUUUCAAAAAGGGUGUGCUGAGUGCAUUCCAAACACACAAUGAUGAUCAAGAUAAAGAUGUGGACGAGACAGACGUGCUUGGUGAACAUACAACACAUUUUAAAGUUAUGCAUUUUAAUCACACUAAAAAGAUCAGAAAAUCAUACAAGACAGACGAUAUGAAAAGGUUUGGUAAUAAUGACGUUAAUAAAGAUAGCAUCGACGUCGAUGUUGAGGAAGAAUUGACAGUUGACGAGACAAACAGAAUCACUGAGUCUAAAGGUGUCAUAAAGAUAAGACUAAAGAGAAAUAAAGAGAAGGAAAAAAGAGAUAACGAGGAAAAUAAUCCUCAUACUAUCUAUAUAAGAGCGAACGAUGUCGACAUCGCUGAUAACUUUGAUUCUGACAAUACGUUUGAUAUGAUAUUAGAAAACAAAACAAAACGAUCCUUAAAUCGCAAAACACGCAUGGUGGAACUUAAUACCAGCCAAAGUGAAGAUUCCUUUGUAACAACUUCACUGCUUGGAGAUUUUAAUCGAGAAAACGCCAAGAAGCACAGAUAUCAAAAGCUUUUAGAACUCAUCGAAGAAGAGGGAUUAGUAAAGAUUCUUAAGCGAUUCUAUGCUAACCCCACGGACGUAGAUAUAUUACGUCACCUGAGAGAAGCAUUACAGCUUGAAAAUAUCAUAAGUGCAAAACGUGCGUCUUCCAAAGACCAUGACAGCAUUAACCUCAAGAAAGGAGAAAGUGCACCACGUGUCAGUUUGAUCGACAGAGUUGUUAAGGAAACAAAAUCGAAAUUGACCGACUGUCUCACUCAAUGGGAACUGUGUAAAGGUAUCGUCAAUCUCUACAUUGUUGGCGGUCAAGCUGCAGGUGAAAAGAUGAUCAAAGCAAUGUUGAUGAUGAAACUUUCUGAUAAAAACGUCAAUGAAUUCCUGUCAAUGUUAACCUCAAUGAGAAAUCCCAGCGAAUCAUUAGUGAAC